CAACCACAACCUCUUCAUCCUUGACAUAAUAAUACCAACAAGAUCGUUUUCCUUACACAAAAAAAAAACUACGCGUCGUUUCGUAACAACCCUCCUCGAAUCACCGACAUUGAUUGGUCGCUCGCGAGCGGCGGAGAUAAAUGGCCGUCGAUCACUUAAUCCUGACAACAUGCUUCGCCUCCUUGUUCGCGUCUCUGCUUCUCUACCUCCUGCGACGUCGGAGCAAGGAGAUUGUGAGCAGAAACAACGAACCCCUAACGGUGAAACCUGGAAACAAUGACGUCGAUAUCAUCAUUGUCGGCGCUGGUGUUGCCGGCGCUGCCCUUGCUCAUACACUCGGCAAGGAAGGGAGAAGAGUUCACGUUAUUGAAAGAGACUUAACCGAACCUGACCGGAUUGUUGGUGAGUUGCUUCAACCAGGUGGAUACUUGAAGUUAAUCGAACUCGGGCUUGAAGAUUGUGUGAAGGAGAUAGAUGCGCAGAGAGUUCUUGGUUAUGCACUCUUCAAAGAUGGGAAACACACCAAACUCUCUUACCCUCUUGAUCAGUUUGAUUCUGAUGUGGCUGGUCGUAGCUUUCACAAUGGUAGAUUUGUGCAGAGGAUGCGAGAGAAAGCUUCUACACUUCCCAAUGUUAAAAUGGAGCAAGGAACAGUGACAUCAUUAGUAGAAGAAAACGGAGUAAUUAAAGGCGUUCAAUACAAAACCAAAGAAGGACAAGAACUUAAAUCAUAUGCUCCACUCACCAUCGUAUGCGAUGGUUGUUUCUCCAACUUACGUCGCUCUCUUUGCAAACCUAAAGUAGAAGUACCAUCAAACUUCGUCGGUCUCGUCUUAGAGAACUGCGAGCUUCCCUUUCCAAACCACGGCCACGUUGUCCUCGGCGACCCUUCACCCAUUCUCUUCUACCCCAUAAGCAGCUCUGAAGUCCGUUGCUUAGUGGACGUACCUGGCUCAAAACUACCUUCACUCGCAAGCGGCGACAUGGCUAAACAUCUCAAAACAACCGUUGCACCACAAGUACCUAUCGAGAUCCGAGAGGCCUUCCUCUCAGCUGUUGAGAAAGGUAACAUAAGAACAAUGCCGAACCGUAGCAUGCCUGCUGACCCCAUCCCUACGCCAGGAGCUCUCCUUCUUGGUGACGCGUUUAACAUGCGUCAUCCUUUAACCGGAGGCGGUAUGACCGUGGCAUUGUCUGAUAUAGUCAUCCUACGUGAUCUUUUAAACCCUCUUGUUGACUUAACCGAUAAAGAGUCGUUGUCCAAGUACAUCGAGUCUUUCUACACGUUGCGGAAACCGGUUGCGUCGACUAUUAAUACACUCGCGGGGGCUUUGUAUAAAGUGUUUUUGGCGUCUCCUGACGAUGCGAGAAGCGAGAUGCGUCGAGCUUGCUUUGAUUACCUUAGCCUUGGAGGGGUUUGCUCGUCGGGUCCAGUGGCUUUGCUGUCGGGUUUGAACCCGAGACCUAUGAGUCUUGUUCUUCAUUUCUUCUCUGUGGCUAUAUUCGGUGUUGGUCGUUUGCUUGUGCCUCUUCCUUCAGUUAAACGACUGUGGCUUGGUGCUAGACUCAUCUCGAGUGCUUCGGGGAUUAUAUUUCCAAUAAUAAAAGCAGAAGGUGUGAGGCAAAUGUUCUUCCCUCGAACCAUUCCUGCUAUUUACAGAGCUCCUCCUGCUCAUUCUUCUCCUCAGUGAUGACAUCAUAAACAUUGCUUUCAAGAUUUUUCAUGUGUAAGAAUAUAGCUACGUCGUGGUUGGUUUUGAUUUGGUUUGAAAAAUGUGUCACGUUCAUUGGAAAGAAAAUAAGACUUAUCAUGUAAAAGUGUAUCUCUCUCUCUCUGUUAAUUGUUAGAAACUUGUGUGUUUUGCACUA